AUGACAAGUUCUGCUAACUAUAUUCGCAAUCGCGUCCACUCCCUUCCCUCCUUUAGCUCGUUUUUACAAGGCCAACCCCACGAGUGGCAUUAUGGUGAUUCCUCACAUGGUUACCAAUAUAACACUGCGUACACUGCUCCCACAUGGUAUCAAGACGAUAGAGAGAUGGCUGCUGCCGCUAGUUUAUUGAACUUGCAAAGUUUAGGACAGUCUGAUUCGGACAAUUCAAUGUGCUCUUCCAUUUCAUCGAUUCGUACUUCUAGCCCUGUUCCUCAAAACGGUAGCAUAAUGGAUGAUAUGGAGUCAAAUUCUAGCCAAGCUGCUGACGAUAAUUAUAUUAAGAAGAAAUUAAGGUCAUCAGCCAAAUCUACUCCACUCACUGCAAGGCCAGCUGUAGUUUCAAGCCGUCGUCAUGACAAGAAGAAGCCAAGAUGGAAUAAUGCAGAACGAAGCAAUCUAUUUAUGGCUAUCAUGAAAGAUAAGCAACUGGACAAUAUGGCCACCUACAACUGGGACAAAAUUGCCAUUGACGUUGGCCGCGCUAGAAAGGCUUGCAAAGACCAAUGGAGACGCGAGGUACUGCCAACCUUUAUUCACCACCUCAAGGCCGAUCUUUUUCAGUAA